CAGGGGUUGUGAGCUGUCAACUCCCCCUGAGCCCCCAUUACAUUAAAUUAACCCCCCAUUUUUAAUUGAUACGCGGGCGGGGGGGGGUCACACUUAGAGGCUUGCUGUGUAAACCAAUACAAAAAGUUUGAAAAUCACUGCUAGUCGAUCCCUUCCUCAGUCCCGUUGUCUUGGCUGUGAUACCAGCUGUGCUGUGCCCCCAGACAGAUUUACAUCGCUUUGGUCCUUUAUCUUGCAUUCCCCCGGCAGAGACAAGGCGGGCGAGGUAAUAUCUUUGAUUGGACCCACUUCUGUUCCAUGAGCGAGACAAACUUUGGAGCUGUCACCAGGAAGCUGCGGUUCCGAACCAUGACUCAACUCCACGUCAAGCCUGUUUACAAGAAGGGAAACUCCCCUUUCUCGUUCAAGGGUCAGCACAUUUCAGGGAACAGGGAAGUGAAAUUAAACGGCUCUCCUGCCCGGGAUGAGCCAUGGCUGCUGCUGCAAAGGCAAGGCAAAGCCUCCAGGAUGAAGCUUCUUGUUCCAUCUGCCUGGAGUAUUUUAAUGAUCCGGUGACUAUAGACUGUGGGCACAAUUUCUGCCAAGCCUGCAUCACCCAGUGCUGGGAGGGAGCUGAUAAAGACGUCUCCUGCCCUCAGUGCAGAGCGACCUUUCCCCAGAGGAACCUCAGGCCUAACUGGCAGCUGGCCAACAUGGUAGAAAUAGCCAAGCAGCUACAUUUGCAAUCGACAAAAGAUGUCGGAGCCGGGCGAGCGUGCGAGAAACACCAGGAGGCUCUGAAACUCUUCUGUCAAGAGGAUCAGUCCCCCAUCUGCGUGGUGUGCGACAGGUCCAAGGAGCACAGGGCUCACACGGUGGUUCCUGCAGAGGAGGCCGCCCAGGAGUACAAGGGACAAAUUAGGAGUCGUUUGGAGAUGCUGAAGAAGGAGAUGGAAGGCAUUGCUGCACUGAAAUUGAAUGGGGAAAUAACAAGCGAGGAGCUGCUGCAACAGACGGAGAGCGAGAGGAAGAAGAUUCUGUCGGAAUUUGAGAAACUCCAUCUGUUUCUAGAGGAGAAAGAAUUGCUCCUAUUGGCCCAGCUGGAAGUACUGGACAAGGAGAUAUUGAAGAGGCAUGAUGAAUUCACCACCAGGCUCACCCAGGAGAGAUCUCGUCUCGGGACCCUGAUCAGUGAGAUGGAAGGGAAGUGCAGGCAGCCAGCAAGUGAAUUCCUGCAGGACAUCAGAAGCACCUUGAGCAGGUAUGAGACGGGGAAGUCUCAGAGUCCACCAUCCCUUCCUCUGGAACUGAAAAGGAGAGUCAAGGAAUUCUCUCAGAAGCACACAUUUCUGGAGCACACUCUGAGUAAAUUUAAAGAGAGACUGUCAUCUGAAACAAAGCUGGACAAAGAGAUUCUAUCUGGAAAGCAGUUGGACAAAGCCAACGUGACCCUGGAUCCAGACACGGCUCAUCCUCAUCUCAUCCUGUCUGAGGAUGGGAAAAGCGUGAAAUGGGGACCUGCACGGCAGGACGUGCCCGACAACUUCAGAAGAUUUGAUCCCGUUCCCUGUGUGCUGGGCUGUGAGGGGUUCACCUCGGGGAGACAUUGCUGGGAAGUGGAGGUGGACGGGAGCAGUUGGGCCGUGGGGGUGGCCAGAGAGUCUGUGACGAGAAAGGGAGGGGUCAGCUUGGAGCCAGAGGAGGGGAUCUGGGCUGUGGGGCAGCUGAACCCAAUUCAGUAUGUGGCUCUCACUUCUCCUUGGACAAGCCUGCCACCGGAUAGGAGACCCAGGAAGAUCUGGGUCGCCCUGGACUACAAAAGGGGGCAGGUGGCAUUUUUCAACGCUGAGAACCACACUGAGAUCUUCACUUUCAUAGCAGUCACUUUUGCUGGGAGAAUCUUCCCGUUCUGCUGGGUGGCAGACAAAAACUCCCAGGUCAGAAUCUGUCACUGAGCUGCGAGAUCAGGUAUUCCUCUUCCCCCCACCCCUGGGGCCUGGAUCUGGCAUCUGCUCCGUAGAAUCUCCUGGUGGAAUUCUAGUCUGUCCGACCCAGCUUCUAACACUCGCUUCACAGCAGUAUCUGACUGCCCACGCCACCUCCUACUGGAGCCCAGAGAGAGCCCAGUUUCUCUAACGCCGGCAGACAAUUCAUGGCACAGACAGUUCAUGACCCCCUAUACACUCCCCCUACUGCAAGAUCCCUCCUCGGAUGAGCAGGAGAGGAUCUUUUCUAAGAGGAGAGAAAUCAGAGGGAUUAGAGGUGCGGG